AUGGAGGGCCCGAGAAACCGAAAACAGCGACGAGCUGCAGCUGCCGCGACUACUCCCAGCGACACGUUUGAUCCCUCCUCGGUCCCCCUCGCGCGCCCGAAUCCUUCGUCGAAACCCAAAGGAAAGACCUUGGUGGAUAUCAUCGCUGAGAGACAAAAGGAGCUUCUGGGCCAAGGAAAUCUGCCUGCUGGCGGCUCCGGCCUGGGUCCAGGGACCCGGCUGGUGACCAUGGACCCAGCGACCGGGGAGAUUUCCGGCCUCGACGCAUCAGAGCUUACGGACAUGGGAAGAAUCCAGGAGAUCACGGAAGACACCUCGUCAAACGAUGAGACGCUGGAUGAGGGGAAGGGAACGGCUUCCGAUCAUCCCAUUCCGCCCGUCAUCGACACGCUGCUGCUCUCCGUGCCCCUGACCACCCUCCAUCUGACUCUCGCCUACCUCGCCGCCCAUCAAUAUGCCGAGACCAUCGAACUGGAAAACCUCGUGCGCGAGUCCGUAUUCGUCGCCUUUCCGAUGCUGACGUUACUCAUCCACCUCGCUCACGGACACAUCGUCUCGUUCAUUGGCAGCACAGCCAAGUCCGAAACGAUCUCGCUGUUCCCCUGGGACAGUGACAAGCUGACGUUAGCCUUCUUCCGCAAACUGCUCUUCCCGCCGACCUUACGUACCUCGAUCUUCCUCCCGCUUGCCGUGAUGCUUGGCUGUAAGCUGAUGGUCAUCACCAACGAGGACCCGUACUACGCCGUGAUGAAAGGGGCCCCAGCCGUGGGGACCAUCUGGAUAUGGAGCGUGUUGGAGGUGCCCUUUGGGGCGGCCGCGAUCGGGGCAUUGGGGCCGCUUGUGUGGGGGGUGUGGUGGAAAGGCUAUGGGAUAAUCUGA